AUGGCCGCCAAUGUGGGAUCGAUGUUUCAAUAUUGGAAGCGAUUUGAUCUACGACGGCUCCAGAAGGAGCUUAAUUCUGUUGCUUCUGAACUGGCUGCACGGCAGGAGGAGAGUGAGCAUUCUCAUAAACAUUUAAUUGAACUCCGUCGGGAAUUUAAGAAAAAUGUACCUGAGGAAAUCAGGGAGAUGGUGGCUCCUGUCUUAAAGAGCUUCCAAGCUGAGGUGGUUGCACUUAGUAAAAGAAGCCAGGAGGCUGAGGCCGCUUUUCUGAGUGUUUACAAGCAAUUAAUUGAAGCACCAGAUCCUGUCCCUGUGUUUGAGGCCGCCCGGAGCAUAGAGGACAGACUGCAGCAGCUCCAGGGCAUCAAUCCAGAGAGCCAGCCCACGGACGAUCUCAACAAACAGUGGGAAAAGAAUUCGGAACUUCUCAACACCAAAGAGCAGAAAGAGGGGACGUCGCCAACUGGGAUCACAGUGUUGGAGGGACGCAGGUUCUCGGGGAUUCCCGGCAAAACAUUUUUAACAGAAACCUUGCUGCAGAGAAAUGAGGCAGAAAAACAAAAGGGAGUACAGGAAACACAAAUCACUUUGGCUGCUAGACUGGGGGAAGCAGAAGAAAAGAUCAAAGUGCUACAUUCAGCAUUAAAGGCCACCCAGACGGAGCUGCUGGACCUGCGGUGUAAAUAUGACGAAGAGGCGACGUCCAAGGCAGAUGAAGUUGGAAUGAUCAUGACAAAUCUUGAAAAAGCCAAUCAGAGAGCAGAAGCUGCCCAGAGGGAGGUGGAGAGCCUGAGGGAGCAGCUUGCAGCUGUAAAUAGCUCCAUUCGGCUGGCCGCCUGUUGUUCUCCACAAGGACCCAGUGGGGAUAAAGUCAACUAUGCCCUGUGCUCUGGACCUCGACUGGAGGCAGCAUUAGCCUCCAAAGACCGAGAGAUCCUCCGACUCCUGAAAGACAUUCAGCAUCUCCAGAACUCCCUCCAAGAGCUAGAGGAGUCCUCAGCCAAUCAGAUAGCAGACCUGGAGCGGCAGCUAACAGCCAAAACAGAGGCAAUAGAAAAGCUGGAAGAAAAGCUCCAGGCCCAGUCUGACUACGAGGAGAUUAAAACUGAACUGAGCAUCCUGAAAGCCAUGAAGCUGGCCUCUGCGAACUGCAGCCUCUCCCAGAAUAUUUCAAAGCCGGAAGACGCACUGCUCAUCGGAAAGGAGGCCUUCUUCACCACCCAGAAAUUCCUCCUGGAAAAACCCAGCCUGCUAGCGAGCACUGAGGAGGAUCAUUCUGAAGAUGACUCUAUGAAGGACUCUUUGGGGACCGACCAGUCGUACCCCUCCCCACAGCAGGCCUCCCACCCUGCUGGGAGAGAAGAUCCCACCUCCCCCAGUCCGGUCCAGCCCCUGAUGGGGCCCAGCAUGGGGCAGGAAGCACAAAGGACCUUCUCCCUGUCCCCCUUUCCCAACCUUGCUGGCAGUGAGAGGCUCCCCGGGGAGCCACUGCUUCCCAAGCCCAUGAUGCCCCCGACCUACAAGAGUGAGGGGGGUGGUCUCCUUGUUUUCCCCUCCCCCUUCUUCACCACGAAGGGCCCCCUGCUCCCGGCUCCACCCAACCCACCAGCCAGUACCAAUGACGCCAGCCCGCCCAGUGACCAGUCAGAGGGCAGUGGGACCAGCUUGGCGGACGAGGAGCAACUGGACACGGCAGAGAUCGCCUUUCAGGUGAAGGAGCAGCUGCUCAAGCACAACAUUGGGCAGCGGGUCUUCGGCCACUACGUGCUGGGGCUGUCGCAGGGCUCGGUCAGCGAGAUCCUGGCCCGGCCCAAGCCCUGGCGGAAGCUGACGGUGAAGGGGAAGGAGCCCUUCAUCAAAAUGAAGCAGUUCCUGUCUGACGAGCAGAACGUGCUGGCGCUCAGGACCAUCCAGGUGCGGCAGAGAGGUAGCAUCACUCCGAGGAUCCGGACUCCUGAGACGGGCUCUGACGAUGCCAUUAAGAACAUCUUGGAGCAAGCAAAGAAGGAGAUUGAGUCUCAGAAGGGAAGCGAAGCCAAGAGCUCUCCCGCCCCACUGCACGCAACCAACGGCACCGGUAGCAGCACCUCGGAAGAUGCAAUCAAGAGCAUCCUGGAGCAGGCCCGGCGGGAGAUGCAGGCCCAGCAGCAGGCCCUGCUGGAGAUCGAGUCCGGGCCCAGUGGGCGCUCGGUGCCCCCGUCACCCACCGAACGCUCCACGCUGGCAUCCGUGAGCCAGAAUAUCGUCCAAGCCUACAUCAAGCAGGAGGAGGGGCCCGGCUGCCCCGGGGGGACCAACAGCAGUGCCACUCAGACCCCACUCACCGUGCUGUCCCCUGCCGCCUUCGUCCAAAGCAUCAUCCGCAAGGUCAAGUCGGAGAUCGGGGACGCCGGCUCUUAUUUUGACCAACACUGGGCUUCGGAGCGCAACCUGCUCAGCCGGCCCUACACCUCCGUCUCGCCCUCCCUCUCUUCCUCCUCCUCCAGCUACUCCAGCCUGCCUAGCGGGCGGCCCUGGCCCCGGGGGGAGCCCGGCGAGGCCCUGGCCAACGACGAGGAGGCCCCUGCAGGUGGUGGCGGGGAGGAGGAGCCUCCCAAGUCGGGGGAGGUGAAGUCCGAGGGGUCCGGCUCGGAAGCGGCCGGCGGUGGGCGACUGGCAUACUACCCGGCUUAUGUGCCCCGGACCCUGAAGCCCACGGUGCCGCCCCUGACCCCGGAGCAGUAUGAGAUGUACAUGUACCGGGAAGUGGACACGCUGGAUCUGACCCGGCAGGUGAAGGAAAAGCUGGCCAAGAAUGGGAUCUGCCAGAGGAUCUUCGGGGAGAAGGUGUUGGGCUUGUCCCAGGGGAGUGUGAGUGACAUGCUGUCCAGGCCCAAGCCCUGGAGUAAGCUGACUCAGAAGGGCCGAGAGCCUUUCAUCCGGAUGCAGCUCUGGCUCACGGACCAGCUGGGCCAAGGGAUCAUCCAGCACCCUCUGCCCCCACAAGCGAGCCCAGCAGAAGCGAGGUCUUCCCCGUCCCCUCCUCCAAGUCCUGCAGAGCCGGAGAAGAGCUCCCAGGAGCCCUUGGGCCUAACCCUGGAGAGCAGCAAGGAGAACCAGCAGCCAGAGAGCAGGUCGGGCUCAGCCCUUAGCGGGAAGAUCUAUGCCAGCACCCAGGCCCCCGCAGGAAUCCAGGAAAUUGUGGCCAUGUCCCCGGAGUUGGACACAUACGCCAUCACCAAGAAAGUCAAGGAAGUGCUGACGGACAAUAACUUAGGUCAGCGACUGUUUGGGGAGAGCAUCCUGGGACUGACCCAAGGCUCAGUCUCGGACCUCCUGUCCCGGCCCAAGCCAUGGCACAAGCUGAGCCUCAAGGGACGGGAACCCUUUGUGCGAAUGCAACUGUGGCUCAAUGACCCCCACAACGUGGACAAGCUACGGGACAUGAAGAAGUUGGAGAAGAAAGCCUAUCUGAAACGCCGCUACGGGCUCAUCAGCACCGGCUCUGACAGCGAGUCCCCCAGCACCCGCUCUGAGUGUGCCAGCCCCAGCCUGCACCCCCAGGACCUGAGCCUCCUCCAGAUCAAGAAGCCACGAGUAGUCCUGGCUCCAGAGGAAAAGGAGGCCUUGAAGAAGGCCUAUCAGCUGGAGCCUUACCCUUCCCAGCAGACCAUUGAGCUACUUUCCUUCCAGCUAAACCUCAAGACCAACACCGUCAUCAACUGGUUCCACAACUACAGGUCCCGGAUGCGCCGGGAGAUGCUGGUGGAGGGGACCCAAGACAACGACACCGACAUGGAGCAGGGCAGCGGCCCAGGCUUCCUGCCCGCCAGCCACUCCCACCAAGGACCCAGUCCCCAGAGCCCCGACUCCGAGGCUGAGGACCGGAAGCCUGGCUUCAAGGACCUGGAUCCCCAGGCCGUCCGGGGCAAGACCCUGAUCAGGAUCAAGCAGGAGCAGCCGGAAGAGGCUGAGGAGGAAGACGAGGAGGACUCCUGCAGCGGGCUCAGGACGGAAGCCCAGACGUUCCAGUACCUGGGCCCCAGCCUGAAAGAAGAGCGGACCGAGUCCCCCGGCGGUGAAGAGCCCCGGAAGGGGACUCCAGGCCCGGCGUCCCUCCCGCGCAGCGGCCCCACUUACAGCAAAGCUCCGGUCACCCCAGACUGCUCCUCACUGCACCCGCCCCAGGAGAGCGAAGGCGGGGAGCGGCCCCACCCGGACCCGAUUAGCUUUAAAUCCAUCUCAGAGUCGUCCCGCUGCAGCCUAGAGGUGUCUCUCAAUUCGCCCUCAGCCGCCUCCUCGCCCGGCCUCAUGAUGUCUGUGUCUCCGGUGCCCUCCUCCUCUGCCCCCAUCUCCCCCUCCCCUCCCGGGGCCCCCUUGGCCAAAGCACCAAACUGGAGCCCCUCCUUGGACACAGCGGGGGCCUUCCCCACCAGCGUCAAGCUGAGCACGAGCAACCAGCGGCGGCACGAGAAGAUGGCCAAUCUCAACAACAUCAUCCACCGGCUGGAGAGAGCUGCCAACCGCGAGGAGGCCCUGGAGUGGGAGUUCUGAGCGCCCAGGUGCUUCCCAGGGCGUCUGCUCGCUCACUCGUUUUCUCUGUCUGUCCCUCUUCCUUUCAGUCUCCCUCUCUCCCCCUCUGCUCUUUUUGUCUCACUCUCGGCCAUCUCUCUGUGUAUCUCUUUGUCUCUCUCUCCUUCUCCCUCUCUCCCUCUAAUCCUUUUCCAGACAGUGACGAGCUUUGGGAAAUCCUUGGAGGGCCCAGCCUGGGGAUGAGGGGACCAUCAGCAGGCCAAUGCUGACACAACUUUUUUUUCUUAUUCAUCUUUUUUUUCCCCCCUUUGGAGAAGUUUUCAACUAAUUUCAACACCAUGAAGUUCUGAGUGGGCAGGCAGGAGGUAGGAAGUCCUCCGCCUCCACCCUUCCCUCUCCUCCUCUGGAAGGUUCCGAAAACUCACUCCCCACUCCAGCGCUGACACCUUUGCAGGUGGCAAAAGCAAAGCGGCUCUUUACAUUUUCACCUGAAAACUUGGAACUCUUUUAGAAAAAAAAAAUAUUUAUAGACCUCUUUUAGCUAUUUUAAUAAAGGAUCCUUUGGAAUUUAUUAACAGCUUAAGCUGCUUUGAUAUUAAAGAGAGCUAUAAAAUCAGGAUGAUGUAGCAGUCAUUAAAUGUACACUGAAGUCUUGUAGUUUGCCACUGGAUGAGAUUAAAGAAGACAAUUGUUCAAAGCCAUCGAGAAGCACUCAGACUGACCAAAUGUAAUAACUUUUGAACCGCGGUUUUUUUCCACGUUUGUCUAUGAGACAGUGCAUCACUACUGCCCUUUCAGAGACUGUGUUUAAAAGUCCAAAAAGACUCUAAAUUGAAAUCUUGAUGCCAUCGAGUAUGUAUUUAGUUCUGGUGGUAUGUUUUGAAACAUUUGUAACACAGAUUGUCACGUGCAGUUGUAUAUGUUGUAGAAAUGUCGGCAAUAGCCCUCCCUAAACGAGAUGUAGCAUGGAACAUAAUGAAUUCCUUACACUUCCUCUAGUUAGAAACCUGUGAUACAACGGAAACAAAACACCAUCUGUGGACAAAGCAUUUCUCGGUCUGGUUCGAAAAGGCUCCGGGCGUCCGAACGGGGGCCUGGUGAGGCUUGGGGAGGGCAACUGGGAGACCCGGUGGUGGCGUGCCAGAGCCUGGACAUCGCCGGUUUCCUGCCAACAAACUGAUUGCUGGGCACCGCAGCUGGAGAACUUUCUGCGCGAACUCAGCCCGUCAUGAAGGCGUUGGGAGUGGGAGGGCAUCAUGGGGCCAAGAUCCCUGUGCUGUCUUCCUCCUUGUCUUUUCUGAAAAAAUCACACUUUGUCAUCCGUGGAACCCUGGUGCUUGCACGAGCACUACAAAAAUAUAACCCCCUGGCUCGCCCCUGUGCCCUCCAUCUUCUUUUUCUUUCAUGUCAGUGCAGCUGGACAGCAUUUGGGACUCACCAACCUGGAUGCAGGGGACAGACCAGCUCAAUGGGCCCGUGAGAAGGAAGACAGUGGCCACAGAAAGGGUCAGGGCCGUUCUCAGUAAGGGAAACCUUUAGCUCUUACCUGGACCCGCAGUUUCGGAGCCCACUCUUUGAGAUCAAGCAGCUCUGUACAGUAGAGACCAACCUUAGUAGAAAGGCAAAAAAAAAAAACAAAAAACCAUCCCUAAGGCCCCAGCAGCAGCUCUUCCUCUCCUCUGGAGGUAUAAGCACCUGGAGAGGGACCGACUGUGCCUUGGGGCUUGGGGGGUUAUUUCUCCACCCAGUGGUAGCCAAAUCCUUAAAGUUGUAUUUUUGGUUGGUUUGGGUUCUGUCUUGUUUUUAUAACCAGAUUUGGUGGCGGGUCCUAAUUUGGUGGCCGUUGAAGUGACUAAUUAUUUUGGCACCUCUCCUUUAAGACACCGUCAGCAAGAUGGCUUGAAUCUGUAAAGUCGGGAUGACUGGGGAGAGAAAACAUCUCUGCGAAUGCAAUGCCUUUAAGAAAGCGUGGGCUGAUGGAUGGAGUCAGCGGGCCCAGGCCGGGCCUGAACCCUGCCCUGGGAGGCGACGGCUAGAGCAAAGAUCGCCCUCAAGGAAGCCCCAGAGAUCAGGGUCGUGGCCCUCAGCUGAAAGCUCUAGCCAUCCGGUCGACAUCUCUGCGCUGAACAAACCCUGACGGAAUGCGUUCCUUUUCCACACACCCAGGCUAUGCAUCAAAAAGUUCCCCUGGAGACAUUUUUAUCCAAAUGAAGGUAUUUUUAUAUUUUGGCAGUAGUUAACGGUGACCGUUUUUCAAAGUCAAAAACCGGAGCAAAGGAACCACCUUCUUUUAGUAACCAUAGCCCAGUCACCACCAAGCCAACCCAGGGGGAUGUCCCUUAUUUUUACCGCUGAUAACCAACCCAAGGUGGAAAUCUCAGCUUAUCCACGGACUAUUCUUAGUGUGCUAGUUUUGGUUUUAGUGGAACGGGAUUUGAUUAAGCACUUAGUCUAGUCUUUUGAACACAGAAAUCCUGUUGUACUAAAAGCCAGGGGACCUGUGAUCACCUUUUUGUCAGGCUCACGUACUGUACGGAAAAAAAAAAGUUUCUAUGAGAGAUUGACGACCUUUGUUAAAAAUUUUAAAAAGGAACAAGUCUGUAAACAGCCACUAAAUACAGAAUUGUAUAAUAA